UUUAAAAAAAGAGACAGUGGUGGAGUUCUGGACACAUGUGGAGGCAAACUACCUUCCAAGAGCUCCUCCAAUCUACAGUAAACCUAUGGAUUUCUUCAGCUAACUUCUGGCCAAGGCUGUGCAGGAGGCGAUGAGUCAAGUUAGAGAAAAGGCCAAUGAAAUUUCAGCCUUAGAGAGGCAAAAAGAGAAGAAUGAUUUUCUUAUAUCAUUAAGGUAAGAACAUUUGUUAAUAUUAAUUCCAGUAACCAAGCUUGAAUGUUGUACUUGAUCUGUUUAAAGAAAAUCUCGAAAUAACUAUAUUUCAUUCUGUUUAUUUAUUAGAUUACUCCAGGAUAAUAGUCCUCCUACAUACAUUGUGUUGUGGUCAGCAGCAGCCGUCUAAUAUACCUUGAAACUGAUUUAUUUUUCUUUUCUAGUUGGACCGAUUGUCAUUUUGGUAAAUUCUUUAACAGCAUUGGCCUCGGACUUAAUGGAUAUGGAAAUCAAGUAUUUGGUUGUGACAGAUUCAAUCAGUCCAACUGGUUUAUACAGUGUCACCCUGACAGAAAAAGACUAUGAAAUUGCAGAGAAACUCUUCACAUUUGAGGCUGAAGUGUUUUUGAAAUUCUUGGACAACCUAAAAGUGGCAGCAGAAACAGUUGUGAAAGAAAAUGAGAUAAACAAAACAGGCAAUGAGAUGCAAGACUUGCUGAUGUCUUUGAAAGAGUUCAUUAAGGAGAUCAUUGCUGAGGAAAGAGCUAAAGGAAACCAGGAUGAUUUACUUAUAGCAAUGAAAAUUUAUAAUAGUCUUCGUUUGUUCUAUGGAGAUGGUCUGUUUCGUCUGAUAGACACAUUUCCAGAUGACCAUUUACAAAUAUUCCAAGGGGUCUUUAAAAAUGAGACCAUUGUUGAGAUCUGGAAAGAAAUGGAGCCACGUUACUUUCCAGGUGCCCCACUAAUCUACAAUGAUCCCUCGGGGUUCCUCAGUUACCUACUAUCUCGGAUGGUGGAACCCUGCAUGAAGGGAAUCCUAAAAGUAGCUUCGGAACUUGGAAAAAUAGACAUUGACCAACUUUAUGAGGAUGCACAAAUGGCUAUACAUUUGGUCAUAGAGAAGGCCAAGAAAAUUUCUAACUUAGAGAGGCAGAAAGAGAAGAAUGAUUUUCAAAUAACGUUGAGGACUGUCUCUGGGAUUUUUGCUUUUUACUGGGAAGAACUUUUGGAAUACACCGAAAGCCGUAUAUUCCAUGAUAAUAUUAAGAUUCUCUGAGGUGAUGGAAGGAGCUAAGAGUGCUGAAAAACACAUCUGAAAAUUAUCAUAUAAUUACUGACCCAGAGACAGGACGUCAAGCUUAAUUUGGGCAGAUCAGCAUUUCAGCAAUUAUUUUGACAGUGCAGACAUGGAAUACUACAAAUGGGGUACUGAGAUUUUUGGUUUUGAUAGAUUCAAUCAGUCCAACUGGGCUAUCCUUAAGAUGGCUACAGUUUACCCUCUUCCUAUAUAUGAACAUCUGUCUGAAAACGGCCUUGGGAUUUCUGAGAUCAGUUAUUAUCUAAACAAAGCUAAUGACAUACUUACUGAACAACUAGGAGAGGAAAUCAUGUACAAUCUGAGGAAAGAGCUUCCUGAACUAUGGAAUAUUUUUAAUAAUUACAUUUUGAAACUCACUAAAAACAAGCAAAACAAAAUGACAUCAGAUGGGGAAGAUGAGAACUAUCUGCAACAUUUACGGUACUGGGAUGAAGUGAAGACCAUUUUCAUUAAAGAGAUAAUUGACAGUGGAGAAUUAACUCCAGAGAAGCUUAAUGAAGCACACAAAACUCUUGGCAAAGUGAUGCUCAAAACCUUUUCUACUACAAAUAAUGACUUGAUUAAUAUUUUGGGUUUCCUUCUGUCUGAUUAAUCUCUCUCAAGGCAGAAAAUAAAUAAAUUAAAUUAAAAGGUUUUAUCCAUCAAUCUCACUGAGUACACAUACAUUAUGUCUGUUUUCUC